UCCCUCUCCCUUUGAUUUUCUCUCACCUUUUCUCUUACUUUCUGUGGAUCCAAACACUCCAUUAUAAGUUCUCUAUAUUUUCAGUUCUCUCUGUUUCUCUGUUUUCUCUUCAGUUUUAGAGGGAGAAGUGAAGACCCUUUCAAUCUCUCAGUGAAAAAGGAGAGAAGGCCAUGUGAGCUGUUUGAAGUCCUGGAGUGAGAUUGUUGUUUUUGCAAUUUUGAUCGGCUUUGUGGUUUUAUUGGUGUGCACAAAAUGGGCAAAUGCGAGGGUUGUGGAAAAUUAGGAAGAAUGGUGUCAAUGGAUGAUUCUGUGGAUGCCUAUCAUUUCUCUCUUCUAUUGUCUCCUGUUGUUUCUGUUUGGGAUUGUAUUGUCCGUAAGAUGAGGUAUUCCUUCAGACCUGAGUGGGUGUAGUUCUCAAACUUCUGAGAUUUCAUUAGUUUUUUAUACUGAAAUUAGGUAGUGUUGUUUAGUAGUAAACAAAGGGUGGAAAAGGAACAGAUAAAGAAAAAAAGAAAGUUAUAGGGAAAUGUACACAUUUUAGAGGAGUUCUCUUUAAGCUUCAUAAGUUGAAAACAGGACAAUAUUUGGAGUUCAGUAGUUAUGGAUAGCAUAGCAUGUAAUAAAGUGCAACCUGUUGUGAGGAAAGUGAAGAAGAAGCAGGUCAAAGGUGAGAUGGAUCGUCUCAGGCAGGCUGAGAAGAAGAAGAGGCGUUUGGAGAAAGCUCUAGCUACAUCUGCGGCAAUCCGAUCUGAGCUAGAGAAGAAGAAACAAAAAAAGAAGGAAGAACAGCAGAGACUUGAUGAAGAGGGUGCUGCAAUUGCAGAGGCUGUUGCUCUACAUGUCUUACUUGGCGAGGACUCUGAUGAUUCAUGUAAAAUUGUGCUAAACAAAGAGGAAGUUUUCAACACUUGGAGUUGUGCUGGCAAUAUUGACCUUUUCGUGGGUGAAAAGAGGCCAUCUCUCCCUCACAAGGACUGCUCAGGGAAUUCAUUUGAAAGGAUAGGCUGGGUCCCUUGUACUUAUGGAACUGGAUGCCAAUGGGGGGAGAGGGAAAAUAAUGACUUAACAUUUUCAUACGAGUCUCUUCGAAGGAGCAUGCCAGUGCAAUACUUCGACGAUGGCAGUUGGGGUACUACAGAGUUCUCAGCUGGACUUAUUGCAGCACAAGCUGUUUCUUCUCUCCAGAUUGCAGAGGAUGCGCAUGGGGAUACAUUUCUCUUUGAUGGAAUGCUAAGACGGUAGAGAAGCAAUUCUCCGCUGCCUUUCAAAAAUGAGGCACAGUUAUUGUUCCAAAAUAAUGGUUUUGUAUAUAUUCGUGAAUGUCUUGCUGUCAUUUAUCAGAUUUGCGUGUUGCUGCUUCUGGUUUGAACAAAUGUUGCACUUGUUAUCUCCUUGUGUUUCAUCAUGUCAUUUGCUCAAGAAGCAUGUUUAAUUUUUUGUUACUUGAAACAUAAUUUUACUGGUACUUUGUUUUCCUUGUGGAA